AUGGGUACUCACAGUAAGAUGCCAUCUUACAAUCAUGAGUCUAAGGAAUCCCUGAGAGAUAUCAUUUCCAAGGACCCCUCUGCUAUGUUAGGUAAGGACAUAAUUGAUAAGUUCCAUGCCACGAAUGAGUUGCCCUUUCUUUUCAAAGUCUUGUCCAUUGGAAAAGUCUUGUCCAUUCAAGCUCAUCCCGACAAGGCUUUAGCUAAAACAUUACAUGCUCAAGAUCCUAAGAACUAUCCUGAUGAUAACCAUAAACCUGAAAUGGCCAUUGCUGUUACUGACUUCGAAGGAUUUUGCGGGUUUAAGCCAUUGCAAGAAAUCGCAGAUGAGUUGAAACGUAUCCCUGAAUUACGCAACAUUGUUGGUGAAGAAACUUCCCAGAAUUUUGUUGAUAGCAUUCAACCCUCCGCUAAGAAAGGUUCACCAGAAGAUGAACAGAACAAGAGACUCUUGCAAGCUGUUUUUAGUAAAGUCAUGAACGCUUCCGACGACGAAGUUAAGACUCAAGCCCGCUCUUUGGUCGAGAGAUCGAAAAAAUCUCCCUCUGACUUUAACAAAUCAGACUUACCGGAAUUAAUUAGAAGACUUAAUGAACAGUUUCCCGAUGACGUCGGUUUGUUUUGUGGAUGUUUGUUGUUAAAUCAUUGCAGAUUGAACGCCGGUGAAGCCAUCUUUCUAAGAGCCAAGGAUCCUCAUGCUUAUAUAAGCGGCGAUAUCAUGGAAUGUAUGGCUGCUUCCGACAAUGUUGUUAGAGCGGGCUUCACUCCAAAGUUCAAGGACGUUAAAAACUUAGUCUCCAUGUUGACUUAUACAUAUGAUCCUGUGGAAAAGCAAAAAAUGCAGCCUUUAAAAUUUGACAGAUCUUCAGGCGAUGGUAAGUCGGUAUUAUAUAACCCUCCAAUCGAGGAAUUUGCUGUAUUAGAAACUACUUUUGAUGAAAAACUUGGUCAAAGACACUUUGAAGGUGUUGAUGGUCCAAGUAUCUUGAUCACUACAAAGGGUAAUGGUUACAUCAAGGCAGAUGGCCAAAAAUUAAAGGCGGAACCAGGCUUUGUCUUUUUCAUUGCUCCCCAUUUACCUGUUGAUUUGGAAGCUGAAGAUAAGGCUUUUACUACAUAUAGAGCCUUUGUGGAACCCAAUUAA